UCAGAAUUCGAAGCGGUGGUCCUGACUCCUGACUACGAGGGUCUGUCCUUUGUGUCCGAUGUACCUUUUGUGGUCAUUGACCUCGUCAAUGUUCGAGCAGUAACGGUUGAUGAAGGAACCGGCACUGCUUGGGUUCAAAUUUCAAUGUCCGAGCUGUAUUAUAAAAUUGCAUUGCAGAGAAGAAUAAGACCCUUGGGUUUCCGGCUGGAGUUUGUCAAACUGUUGGUUGCGGUGGUCACUUUAGCGGCGGAGGACAUGGUGUUUUGAUUGAUGUUAAAGGGAGGUUUCUUGAUCUGAAUUCGAUGGGAGAAGAUUUGUUUUGGGAGAUUCGAGGAGGUGGGGGAGCUAGCUUUGGAGUCAUUGUUGCUUGGAAGGUGAAACUGGUUCGAAUUCCACCUAUUGUGACUGUGUUUACAGUGAGCAGCAGGACAUUGGAACAGAAUGCAACCAAACUUGUGCACAAAUGGAAAUCUGUAGCAGAUAAACUUGAUGAGGCAGCUUGCAAUUAAUGAGGCAAUUAGGGAAGCAGAGGAGGAGGAAGAAAAAUAAGAAGCACAGGAACCUGAGCCUCCACAAAGGGAAAUAGAAGCUUAGUAUUCACUUGCAGAGGCGCGGGGGUUCUACACCCCACCGGCGAGUUUGAAGUCGAGGACGACUGCUCCUCCAGAAAAGUCGAUGACGGAGAGGAAAAACGUGAAGAAAGAUCUUUUUCAUGUUGUUCACAAGGUUCCCUCUGGUGAUUCUCCAUAUGUCAGAGCCAAACAUGUUCAGUUGAUAGAGAAGGACCCAAGUAGGGCAAUUUCUAUGUUCUGGGCAGCUAUAAAUGCUGGGGAUCGUGUUGAAAGUGCACUCAAAGAUAUGGCAGUUUCCAUGAAACAGUUGGAUCGAUCAGAUGAGGCGAUUGAAGCUAUCAAAUCAUUCCGUCAUCUCUGCCCCUAUGAGUCUCAAGAAUCCAUUUACAAUGUGCUUGUCGAACUCUACAAGAGGUCUGGGAGGGUGGAAGAAGAGAUUAAAGUGCUCCAGGGCAAGCUGAAGCAGAUCGAAGAAGGUAUAGCUUUCGGGGGGAAGAGGACGAAGGUCGCAAGGUCCCAAGGGAGAAAGAUUCAAAUAACUAUUGAACAAGAUAGAUCAAGGAUACUGGGGAACUUGGCCUGGGCUUACAUGCAGCAACACAACUAUGGACUUGCUGAACAGAAUUACAGGAAAGCUCUGCUUCUGGAGCCAGAUAAUAACAAAGAAUGCAAUUUGGCAGUCUGCUUGAUGCACAUGAACAGGGUUACAGAAGCAAAAUCUUUGCUCGAGUCUGUCAGAGUUGCUUCCUCAAACAAAGAGAUGGAUGAAUCUUAUGCUAAAUCAUUUGAGCGUGCAGUUCAGAUGCUGACGGAUUUGGAAUCUCAAUCAAAGCUAAAAUUAAAUCCACAUGAACAAGAAGAUGGCAAACUCCAGAGAUCCUUCAUGUCACCUAGAGAUGGAAAAUUGAUACAUACCAGUAGAAACUCAAACUUGUGUGAAAGUUUGCAAAAGGGAGCAUAUACAUCCCCAGAGUUGAUGAGAAAGAAUUCAGAAGCGCUGUACACACAACCAAAAAGAUGUUUAUGGGGUUUCAAUAGAGAUGAUCAGGUAAUUACAAGAAGGGGAGAGGUCAAUGGAAGUGUGAAUCGCAAACUGUCAUUUCAGCUUACUGUAAAUGCUGAAAGUGUAACAUCGCAUAGGAUUCAGAAUUUCAAUGGACAGUUACAGGGGGGUAGUAGUGAAAAAUCAUGUGUUAGAGUGCAAGAAUCUGACAGUGGAUUGCCUUCAGCUGCUAAUGGAGAUUCAAGACAAAACUCAUGGAGGCACAUUGCUCAAUCGAAAGACGAAGCAGCCACAGAACCUAUUUCACAACCUAAAGUGAAAGGGGACUGGAAGAAAACUACAUGGGGUAACUGUGACUAUGUGCAGGUGACCCGUGGAUCCAUCAUAGAGUCCAAUGCUCAGCGUAUUGUGAAUGAUUCUAACCUGAGUUGCAAUCUGCCUGUGAGGCCACAUAAUAACACUGGUGGUAAACUGGACCAGAAUUCUUGUGACAUUGUUUUUGGCAGUAUUACAACAUGGAAUGCGCAUCCUGGAGGUGGAGAGCAGCAACACUCUCCCAAGUCUAGUAAUGCACAUCAUUAUAUUUCGAAAGAUUCGAAGACAAAGAGUUGGGCAGAUAUGGUUGAAGAAGAUGAGGAGAAAGAACUAGGUGGAACAAACUCAACUGAGUGUGUGGAUGACUGGAAAUAUGAAGAACAGUUCAAUGAUGAAAAUAGAAACAUCAACAUGAUUUGUGGAAGUUCUCCUUCAAACCGCAUGGAAAAUCUAUCUCAGAGGCUUGAAGUAUUUGAUCUUAAGGAUGGCUAUGCUACAUCUGAGAAUUUUGGUUCAUCAAGAAAACCAGUAGCACGUUGCUCCUUGCGUUUUCGGGAGCCAGAAUCAUCAGAUUGCUACUCUGCAACCCCAAAAGCAAAGAAGGGAUUGAAUUUUGGCAGUUACCAUUCUUUGAAGGAAAGCCCUUCUUCGUUUGAGAAGAACCUGGAUUUAAAGAGGAGGAAUAGGUUGCAGGUUUUCCGAGACAUAACCCCUACUCCUGAUAGUCCAUGAGCUUAACUAAGUAUUAGACAGCGGGGGAUUAAAUCUCUCUGUGGAUGAUGCUGUUUCUAAGUAUCAGUUUGAAUUUGGAACAUCUUCAUAAAUACAGCAGUGUUGAAGAAUAAAUUGGUAGACUUCCUCAACAGGCCUUAGUUCGGGGUUCUCUAAUUUUCCUACUCUCCCUUUGACUGACAUGCUGUCGAGUUUAGCAAUGUAAAUAUUUCUUUUUUUUUCUCAUUAUACUGUAAAAAAUGGGUUUAAUAGAAGAAUAUAGAUCAUAUAGUAAUGUUUCAUAGAAAAGUUCCUUGUGGAUUGAAGCUUUUCCCUUUUAGCUAUAUGAUAAUUUUUUAGUGUACUCGUGUACUUCA